AUGAUUUCUGGGAAAUGCCAGCAAGCUCCUGAUAUCGCGGGGCCGCGGGGCAUGCGAUGCGACGCCGCCUCGCAAGUUGAAAAGGGCCCCGGCUCCCGGGGUCUGGCGGCUUCUAUUUUCAACAGUCCGAGGGCACACAGCUCAAACUCGUGCCCCCUGGUGGCUCUCAAAGAAAGCUUUGACGCUGUGGUUGUCGCAGCGUCGGCAUUGUUCAAAGCAUGUGUCUGGAAUCAGAGCCUUUUCCCUUCCACCUCUAUUGAGCUGCGCGGGCUACCCUCAAGAAUGCAGGUGCAGGACAAGAGAACUUGGCCAUUACCACCACCCCCUGACACCAUCAUGCUUUCAUCUCGCGUAGCACAAAGCAUCUUUCCGCAAAGCGUCAAAGUGCCAUCACAAAAAUGGCGCGAGCUCUUGACAGAUCAAUGCACCACACCAUGCCUGUGCAUCUACGCCUUGCCCCAUAUGACGGUCCAAACUCAGCUGCCAGCUACGAAAAGCUCGCCUACAUCUUACGGAUGA